GAACUCAUCAGUAUGGAGAGGAUGAUCAUUUUCUGUAUGCUCUUCUUCUGUUCCAGUAUGGUGCUGACUGCAGCUCCACAAAAAGCAGUAAAAUACAAACAGCUUGUAAAGACAAUCGAACACUUAGAAACCGUAGUGAAAGACGAGGAUGCUGAACUGCUGCAUACACCAGAAAACCCUGUGGAUGGAUGCCUACUCACAGCUGUGACCUGCUUCCAGAGUGGGACUUUGAAAUUACAGCCAAAGAACAGCCAAGUAAAUUCUACAUUUAUCAAAACAGUUAAGAUCUUGAGAAGAACCAUCCUCAGAGACUCUGGCAAGCAGUGUGAGUCUUCAUGUGAAUCUUAUGAGAAAAAAAAACCCAAAGACUUUUUGAAGAGCUUUGCAAAACUGAUGAAAAAGUUAUUCAAGGAUUAAUUUAGGACACGCUGGAGCUGAAGGCUAUAGAAAUCCACUAUUUAAAGCAGACACUAUGUUAUUUAAGAAAGCAAUUGAAAAUACUUACAUUUUUACACAACUGUGCUGUGUGUGCGGUAAAUGAAAGCUUCUCCCCAAAAUGUUAAGGAGGCUCAUGUGGAUGAUAUAUUAUUUGUAAGACAGAUGAUGUUUCAAAAAGGAUCUGAGCCUCAUCUUAGAAUAAAAAUUAAAAUGUAAUUUUACAAAAACAAAUUCUCUUAUGAGACUUAGCUAUCAUGUUCUGCUGAUUAGAAGUACGCAAGAAUGGCUACUGCUAUAGUAGUAUUUCUGUUCUGAUCUCAGAUGAAACUGAGAAACAGA